AUGAACGACGCACAGGACAGCAAACGACGCUCUGCCUCAAUGAAGAGGACACAUUCACAUCAGCACUAUGCGCCGACUAUCCCGAUACCAUCACCUCCGCCUCUGACGGAAAUUUCUGCGUGCCCGCCAUCGUCUUCACGAACACCCUUGCUGCUGGGCGACGAAAAGACAGCGGAAGCUGGGCCUUCACGACCGUCACAUAUCCCUCGGCGGCCAGUCCUCGCCCGACGAAGAACGUCCAAAAAGGAAUACGUCCACCCAUACCUCUCGGGCAACUUUGCACCCGUCACCACCGAGAUCCCACUCACAGACUGUCUCUUUGAAGGCACAAUACCGAAAGAGUUUGCGGGCAGCCAAUACGUUCGCAAUGGAGGCAACCCGCUAGCCAACUCGGAGCUGGACCGCGAUGCGCACUGGUUCGAUGCAGACGGCAUGCUAGCCGGCGUCCUCUUCCGACGCACACCCGAAGGCGAUAUCCAACCAUGCUUCCUCAACCGGUUCAUCCUCACCGAUCUGCUGCUCUCGACACCAGAGCACUCACGGCUACCCUUCGUGCCGAGCAUCGCGACGCUCGUCAACCCACACACGUCCAUCUUCUGGCUCAUGUGCGAGAUCAUCCGCACCUUCAUCCUCUCCAUGCUCACCUGGUUGCCCGGUCUCGGUCUCGGCAGCGACCAGAAGCUGAAGCGCAUUAGCGUGGCCAACACCAGUGUCUUCUGGCAUGACGGCAAGGCGAUGGCGGGCUGCGAGAGUGGACCGCCGAUGCGGGUCAUGCUACCUGGUCUCGAGACGGCGGGCUGGUACACGGGCGAGGACGAUGACGAGGAUCAGGCAUUCGAUGAGAAGAGCGGAAAGGCGAUCACUAGCAAAAGCGACAAGAAAGGAUUCGGCGGUGGACCGCCCAUCAUCAGCAUGCUGCGCGAAUUCACCACCGCCCACCCGAAAGUCGACCCCAAGACUCAGGAGCUUCUUCUUUACCACAUGUGCUUCGAGCCGCCCUACCUGCGCAUCAGCGUCAUCCCACCUAGUCGAUCGCAGCAAUCUCUCCAAGGAACUGACGCGAGAACGAUCAAGGGCAAAGCGGUGCGUGGGCUCAAACAGCCCAAGAUGAUGCACGACUUUGGCGCCACCUCGACGCACACGGUCAUCAUCGACGUGCCGCUCUCGCUCGACAUGAUGAAUCUCGUUCGUGGCAAGCCGAUUCUGCACUACGACCCAACCCAGGCGUGUCGGUUCGGAGUUCUGCCGCGAUACGCACCGGAGGAGGUGCGCUGGUUCGAGAGUCCCGAGGCGUGCUGCGUGUAUCACACUGCGAACAGCUGGAACGACGAAGGCAAGCUCGGUGCGGAGGAGGCCGGCACUACGGGCAUCAACAUGCUCGGUUGCCGACUCAACAGCGCUACGCUCGUCUAUUCUGCCGGAAACUUGCUUCCGCCAUCGCACGUCCUACCGCCACCGAAUUGUCCUGAAAAGUGUCAGCUCUACUACUGGCGUUUCGACCUGGAGCGUUCUGACACCAACAUGGUAAGCCACGAAUUCGCGCUCUCCGAUGUGCCGUUCGAGUUCCCGACGAUCAACGAGGAGUACUCGAUGCAGCAGGCGCGCUACGUCUACGGCACGUCGAUGCGCGACGGGACGUUCGAUGCCGGGCUCGGCAAGGCCGCGAAGAUCGAUGCGCUGGUCAAGAUCGACGCGGCUUCUCUCAUCCGCAAGGGUAAGGCGAUGUGGGGUCAAGGUCGAUUGCGUGCGGGGGACAGCGUGGAUACUCGGACUGUCGAGGAGGUGCUCUCUGCGCAACGCGAUGGUACCGCUACGCCGGAUGAUGCGAUCAAGAUCUUCGAGAUGCCCCGAGGCUGGUAUGCGCAAGAAACGACGUUUGUACCGCGACGCACAGGCUCUUGCGAGGAAGACGACGGCUGGCUCGUAUGCUACGUGUUUGACGAGGCGACAGGACUGCAUCCCUCCACGGGCGACGUGCUUCCGGGCGCAACGAGCGAGCUGUGGAUCAUCGAUGCGAAGAACAUGCGAGACGUCGUGUGCCGCGUCAAGCUACCCCAACGUGUGCCGUACGGACUGCACGGAACGCUGUUUACGGAGGAGCAGAUCGCAGCGCAGAAACCGAUCGAUCCGAAACACGUCAGGAGCUGGGCUCAGUCGGUGGACCGGGCGGAUCCGUUCUCGGAAAGCCUCGUCGGGUCGACGGUGUACAGCGCGAGUGGAAAGGCAGGGAGCAAGUUCAAGGAUGGCAAGGAGACGUAUGCGGCGUUCUUGCGGGAUCCCGUCAGGAUUGGAGCUUGGUGGAUCAAGAGGAACAUCGAGCUGCUGAUUGCCUAG